AUGUCCGGUCAAGACAUUCUUCCAAAUAAAUAUAGUGAAUUGAGAAGUAUCUACAGAUACUAUAUCGAUUGCUACAUUGCAUUGUAUCAGUUAAACACGAAAAACGAAAAAGAAUUAAACACGAUUUACACAAUGAUCAAAUCAGAUUUAAUUGAUUCAAAUAAACGUCAUCCUUAUAAUGUUGUAAAAGAUAUUUUAAGUAUUAUCCCGUUUAGAAACAGCUAUACAAAGUCAUACUUGAAACUUGCGAAACAAUUAUCAGAUGAUUAUCAAAUAACAGUAGUCACAGAUAUUCCAACUAUUUCCAACUACUUGUUUUAUAAAGAAUAUGGCAUUAUUUUAAACAAGAAUACAGAAUUCAAAAAAAUUACAUCAGAGAAUUUGGAGUUUCAUACAAAAGAUACGAUUUACAGAGCAAUUAUGGAUAAUAACCUAGAAAGCUUCAUCACAUUCACUGAAAGAGAUGGAUUUGAUAAAAAGCAAACACUUAAAAGCAGUUUAUAUCCUUAUUCUAAUAAUGGAUAUUCAUUACUUGAAUUAUGUUGUUACCACGGAGCUGUUGAUUGUUUCAAGUUUUUAAGGACAAAAUUUAACACAAAAAUAACUCAAAAAUGUUUGCAAUUUUCAUUUUUAGGAGGAAAUCCAGAUAUCAUGAGUGAAUGUUUGAAAUAUCAAAAGCCAGAUAAAGAAUGCAUGGAAUAUGCAAUUAUUUCGCACAACAUUGAUUUUGUUACAUUCUUGAUGAAUGAACACAAUAUGAAGAUCGAUUUAACUUUUUGUUCCAAAUAUAAUAAUCUUGAUUCGUUUUUAGUUUAUUUCGAUCAAACUAAAAAAGUUAACAAAUGCUUUAUUAAUUCUAUAAGAUUCUUUAUUCCAUCACUUUGCAAAUAUUUCCUUUCGGAUGGUGCAAACAUCAAUGAAAAAGAUAAAGAUGGAUACACUUCUCUUCAUAUUGCGGUACUUAAUAACUAUAAAGAAAUAGUCGAACUUCUUAUUUCACAUGGUGCAAAUAUCAAUGAAACAGAUAACAUGGGUAAAACUGCUCUUCAUUAUGCAGCAGCAAAAUUUUGUGGUAAAGAAACAGCCGAACUUCUUAUUUCACAUGGUGCAAAUAUCAAUGAAAAAGAUAAUGAUGGAUACACUGCUCUUCAUAUUGCGACGCAUUAUAAUCGUAAAGAAACAGCUGAACUUCUUCUUUCACAUGGUGCAAAUAUCAAUGAAAAAAGUCACAGCAAUAAAACUGCUCUUCAUUUCGCAGCAAAAAAAAUAAUCGUAAAGAAAUGUUUGAACUUCUUAUUUCACAUGAUGCAAAUAUCUAUGAAACAGAUAAAAAUAGAGAAACUGCUCUUCAUUAUGCAGCAAGAAAUAAUAAUAAAGAAACAGUCGAACUUCUUAUUUCACAUGGCGCAAAUAUCAAUGUAA